UUCGCCUGCUCCUGUGUUCAGAAGAACGAUGGCUAUACAACAUCCAGAAAACCCCAGGAGGCCUGAUGUACGUACGAGAAUGGAACAACCUGCAGUAUGCCUCCUGCUGCGGCGUUCCUCACCGCUGUCUACUCCCAAUACCUCAGUUCCCAUGGCGCCAAGCUGAACUGCCCCAAGGGCCAGGUCGUUCAACCUCAGGAGCUUCUCGAUUUCGCCAAGUCCCAGGCUGAUUACAUGUUGGGGAAGAACCCAAAAUCCAUGAGCUACGUGGUUGGUUAUGGACAACAGUACCCAAUUCGUGUCCACCACAGAGGCGCUUCCAUUGCCUCCAUCUUCCUGCUCCGGUCAACUGUCGAGUGUGUUCAGGGCUUCGACUCAUGGUAUCGUCGGCCAGAAGCGAACCCCAAUGUGGUGUACGGGGCCCUGGUGGGAGGACCUGAUCAGAAUGACAACUUCAACGAUCAACGGUCUAACUACGAGCAGACUGAGCCGACGCUUUGUGCAAGUGCUCCCCUUGUUGGUCUCUUCUCCAAGCUCCAGAGUGCAUCAGGAAGUGGAGGCCGCUACCCAAAAACCACGCAAGUUUCACACUACACAACACCAACAGGAUCCUAUCACAAGAACCUACAAGCACCCAGGAAGGUUACAGCAGCAGCAGAGGAAGAACACGUUCCAGUGGAGUUUCUGCACUCCAUAGCUAAAACAUGGACUGUACGAUCCACAACAUAUUACAGACACAAGGUCACUAUCAAGAACACAUCUCAGAAGUCGAUCACCGGCCUCAAGAUGGUUGCGCAAAACCUAUCAGGCUCCCUUUGGGGACUCAACCCAUUACCACAAAAGAACACCUAUGAGUUGCCUGAAUGGAUUAAGGUCCUCAAACCUGGC